GUGGUCGGGGGGUGUGUGUGGUGGUGGGAGUGGUAGUGGUGGGAGUGGUGGUGGUGGUGUAGACGGAUGGAUGGUAGGCAAGGCAGGCAGUAGGUGCAGACUUCGAUGCAGCAGCAGCCGUCCGCCCUGGAUCAUUUUUUUUUGUUUUUUUCUUCCCUCCUCGUGGAUCCUCCGCGGGGUCCUUAGCGGGCCCUUGUCAGUUGUUCCAGCUUCAACAGGACAUUUUGCAGAGAUAUGGGGGGUAUUGACAGGAAUGUAUAUGUGCGUUUUGCCCCUCUUCCCUCUCGUUGCUCCCCUUUUCAACGGCGGUGAAUACUACUACGACGACUAUACACAGUCCCGCUCCCAUUCUGCUCUGCUCUUUGUUUUUGUCUUCUCCUCCUUCUUUUCCUCCUCCCCCUGCUGGUGCUUCUUCUUCUUCCUCUUCGGCUUUCCUCAAGAGGCUGCAGAAUAAAAAAGGAAGAGAAAGAAAGGCCUCGGACAGGGAGACACGCAGGAGAGAUCCAGGACAGGACAACGGGUUGAAGAAGAGAUGCUUUACUUUACUUUAGUUACACUCCACUCUGGUUACUCUAGAGUGGAGUAGUGCAGAUGCUCAUGACAUGCAACCGGCCACAGCCAGACGAACUCACGAAUCGAUCGAAUCAACGGCUUACUGAGAAUCCCGGCGAGCGAUGGCCGUCGACCAUGGCGGCGGCGGUGGUGAUGAUGGAGGUGGUGGAGGUGGUGGUGGUGGCAGGCAAGCAAGCAACGCACGUAUGCGAGCAGCACGGGGGCGGGCGUUGCAGAGCGAGC